AUGAAUAGCCUGCUGGACCUCAUCUUCGCUUUCAAAGUAAUGAUCGGUAGCAUUCAAGCUGCUGAUAGCCUCGUCGAUUAUGUUAACGUUCUAGCUGGUACUUCUAAUACUUAUGAGUUGUCUACUGGUGGCGCCACGCCCCUCAUGGGCCGACCAUUCGGCUUCAAUCAUUGGUCUGUUCAAACCGAACCCGACCAUGCCACUGUACGCUACUUCAACCCGGCCUCGAGAAGCUUCUAUGGU